AGCGCCAGUUUUCGAAACAUCAAUAUUGCGGUAUAAAUAAGGAUAUCGUCGAUACAUUCUGCGUACAAACCGAUCAUGACUGCUGGUGGUUCCAAUGGUGCUGAAGAAAUAGCAAGUGAUGGGGAUGCUAUCAAAGUGUUUGUGAGAAUCCGUCCUCCUGAUCAGGGAGAUUCCGGACACCAGCAGAGUGUUGACGUUGAUCAAACUGGAUGUGCCGUCGUAGUACAAACAAAACCAGUACCAAAAAUCUUCACUUUUGAUCAAGUUGUCAACAUCAAUGCACAACAGGAAGCUGUUUUUUCGGUAGUAGGGAAGACGUUGAUAGAGAGCUGUGUCAGUGGGUAUAAUGGCACAAUUUUUGCAUAUGGCCAGACAGGAUCGGGUAAAACUUUCACCAUGCUUGGACCUAGCGAAGAUGCUGACAAUUUCCAGCAUAAAAACAGAGGCAUAAUACCAAGAAGUUUUGAGUAUUUAUUCAACCUCGUAUCAAGAGAACAAGAAUUGCAUGGCAAGGGUAAGGAGUUCCUAAUGAGGUGCACAUUUCUAGAGAUUUAUCACGAGCAGGUGUAUGACCUCCUGGAUCCCUCCACCAUGAGCCUGUCUUUAAGAGAGAGUAUGAAGAAAGGCGUCUAUGUGGACGGCCUGGCAGAGAAGGCCGUCACCAGUGCUAGUGAGGCCUACCAGGUGUUGAAUGACGGAUGGAGGAAUAGAAGAGUUGCCUCCACCUCCAUGAACCGUGAGAGCUCCAGGAGUCACGCCGUUUUUACCAUCUUUAUUGAAUCUAAAGAACAGAAGUCUGGAGUACAGAAUGUAAAGGAAUCGCUUUUAAAUCUUGUCGACCUCGCUGGAAGUGAACGGCAAAAAGAUUCAAAUGCAGAUGGUCUGAGACUGAAAGAAGCUGGAAGCAUCAACAAAUCUCUGUCGGUGUUGGGAAAGUGUAUCAUGUCACUCGUAGAUAUAGCACAUGACAAAGUGCGACACAUACCUUACCGGGAGUCUAAGCUGACCUUCUUACUCAGGGACUCGUUAGGUGGAAAUGCUAAGACACGCAUCAUAGCCUGUGUACAUCCAGACUCAAGACAUUUCGGGGAGACCUUGUCCACACUUCAAUUUGCUCGACGAGCAAAGAUGAUAAAGAAUAAGGCAAAAGUGAAUGAAGAUACGCAAGGAAAUUUGAUGUCACUACAAGCUGAGAUUCGCCGUCUCAAGGAGGAAAACCAACAACUACUCUCUGCUGGUGGAGCGGCUCUAACAAGUACUGAUCAGUCACAAGGUCCUAAAAACCAUGAAGCUGGUUCGUCUGUAUGGAAGGAGAGAUUUGUGAAUGCCAUGAUGCUAAAGGAGAAAUCUGAUGUGGACAAGAGGCCGUUACAAGAGAAGAUUAUGAAACUUGAAGAACUCUGCAAUAAGAAGGACAAGAUUUUACAGUCAACAAAAAUGAUAAUUAAAUUCCGAGAGAACCAUAUCACUAGGCUAGAGAAGACUAUCAAAUCUAAAGAAGGAUGGGCCGAUUCAGAAGAACUCAUGGUGGAUUUAAAAGCAGAGAUUCGUAGUUUAGAGGACAAAAUGGAGCACAACCCUAUGGUAACCAAAUAUGCUAUGGAGAUUCAGCACCUGAAGUCUGAGCUUCAGCAGUAUCGGUCGAGCGACGCCACCCAGGAGGGCGCCAUGACCAGCAGCCAACGUAUUAUGGAAUUGGAACGCUUGUUUUUUGACCUCAUGGCAAAACAAAGUAGCGAUGAAUCCGAACAAGAAUAUGUGGGCACACCCACACGCACUCCUGUGGCUGUAGACAACAUCUCUGUGGCCACCAUAGAAAAGAAUAAGUCGCUCGAGACCCAAGUUGUUACGCUCAAGCAAACAGUGACAGAACAGAAGGAGGCCGCAGAAAAGAGAGAGAUGGAACUCGAGUCCGAGGUGGCUUCCCAGAAGAAAACUAUAACAGAACUGACCACUGUUUUAGAGGCUCAACAACUAAAGAGCAAGCUGGAGAGGGACGUCCACUUCCAAACUGUCCAGACAAUCACUACGCCAAAGAAGAUACGAUAUAACCUUCGUAGCACCACCCACCUAAACUCUUCCACCAGUACCACACCCAACCUGGACAACAGCAUAGAUUUUGAGGAUCUUGGCGACGACCUUUUCGCUGAAGCCCAGCCUCCUUUCAUGAUGCAGCAGGCCAACGAAGCCCUUAGAGCCGAGGUGGAACAGCUACAGAGUUCCAACAAUAACAUGACAGAACGCAUAGAUGAGUAUGAGUCGGAUGCAAUCAAACUCAAACAGCACAUCUCCAAGAUUGAUCACCAAAACGCCCAGCUCACUGAGAUCCUGCAAAGAGAGAGAACGGAGCGAACCACUACUGGUGAAAAAUCUGAUACUGAGCUUGUAGAACUUCGCAGAAGGUUAAUUGAGGCAGAGAGAAACCUGACAUAUUUCAAAGAGGAAGCCGAUGACUUGAGAGUUGUUCUGGUGUCUUCGGACAAGGAGCUGAAAGAUAUCAAAGCUAAAAAGACAGACGAGGAAGACCAACUACAGAAAACAAUUGGAAUGCUACAGACUCGACUGAUGCAGGUAGACAUGGAGACGACAAAGAUGUCCAAGGAAUACGAAAGUGCCUGUGAAGAGCGUGACAUAUUGAUGCAAGAUUUAGAGAAUGCACAGGACACAGUGAGAUUCAACGAGAGUCUGGUGAGGGACCUGGAGACCGAGGUACAGGAGGGUAAGGAGAGGCUCGAGGACGUCCAGUCUCAGCUUGAGACUGUGUCCAAGAGUUUAGCCAUAGAGAAACACAACCAUGACCAGCUGGUGUGUCGCACACAGUUGGAGGGGGCAGCUCAGGAAAAAGAAAACCUGCAGCUUGUUCAAGAGAAUGAACUACUACAGUCGGAGGCGGAAGUGGCGAGAGUCAAGCUUGAACAGCAGGAAAAGACCAUUCAGAAUCUGAAGGGGAGCACAGAGGCUGCUCAACACAUCAUCUCAACGCUACAGAAACAGCAGGAGCAGAACAAGGAAGCUGUGGCUGGGUACAUGUCUCGGAUAGAGGAGCUGAGAACUGCUCUCAACGUGGAAACCAACCAGCUGCUGGACCAUAAACAGCAGUGUCAGAGUCUAACCAGGAAGCUAGAGGAGCAGGCCGCAGACCUGAACACCACAGAACAGGUCAACAAAGAGCUGCAGGCCAAGCUGGAGGCUCAGGUGGACUACCACAAUGCCGAAAUGAGCAUGAUGAAGGAGGACCUCGACUGUAUUACUGAGGCAAACGACAAAAUACAAGAAGAGUAUGCAAGCACUCAGCGUGAAUUAGAAUCUACACAGGGGAGAUGUGAAUCACUGGAGGAAGCAUUGAAGACAAAGACAUCUCAGCUGGAGGAUAAGGAAACAUUACACGGCAAGAAAAUUGCCGAGAUGGAAGAUCAGAUAAAAGAGAUCAGAAUGUCAAACCAGGAGGAAUCAAAGGAACAGGAAUGGCUGACUGAGGAGCUGGAUACUCUGAAGACGACUAACUCCAGUUUACACAAGAUCAUUGAGGAGUAUGAGAUGGGCCGAAAGGAGAAGAAUGAGGAAAUCAAAAAUCUGUCCACAAAACUAGCUGAAGCAGACGGUGUCCAGACACAGCUGGAGAAACAUAAAACAAACAAGAAAGAGAUGGAGUACCAGGUCGAGUGUGAGAGGAUAUCUCAUGAAGAGAGGGUGAAAGAGAUCGCCCAGGUGGCUGAAGCUUGUCAGCAGGAGCUGAAACGAGCGCGGGAGGACCUACAGGUACAGGAUCGGCGGAGGAGGGAAGCUGACACUGCCAACGUUGAGCUACAGACAAGGCUGGACCAGGUAACAGAGGAAUGUAAAUCUGCUACAGACAACAAUCGUUACCUGGACGGAGAAGUGGAAAGGCUGAUCACAUUUGGUAAAAAAUACACGAUCGAGAAUGAAGACUUGAAGGAGGAGAACGAGAGGUUGAUGAGCGAACGCAUACAGUGUUGUGAGGAAAUUGAAACUAUGAAAGACAAGCUAGAGGAAGUUUUAAAAGAAAACGCAAAACUUCAGGGGCAUCAGAAUCACAAACAGAAGAUUCAGUACCAUUUGAUGCUAAAAGAGGAAAACACUUCCCUUCGAGAGCAAUUACUGAGAGCUCAAAGAGCCUACCAAGAACUGAGUAGUAACAAAAAAGGCUUGGCAGCUACCAGUACGCGAAAAGAAAAUAUCAAUCCUAUGAUGGCCUUCGAUGAAAUGAGACAGAACGAGCUCAAAAAGGAGAAGCCCCGUAUGUUUCUGUCGGGUGACUUUAGCUGACGGACCGGUCGCCUUCUGCAGGUCCUUACACCCAGCCCUGCUAGGAGGAAACCUGUUCGAAGAAAUAGCUUGCUGUCAUUUGUUAAUAGGAUGUCCCGAGAAGUGGCGUUAUUGUCCUUACCCGUCAACUCAAUAUCUUGUUAUAAUAUUCAUCAACUCAUUCACCCCCGAAAUUUCAUAAUGAACUAUUCCAACCUUUGAAUUGGAAGAGUUCAAAUGUGUCUUCAGAGGUGAAUGAGUUAAAAUGUUUCCAUAUGCAUAUUAAUUAUUUAGGGAGAUAAUUACUCUUAUGUAGAACUUACAUAUAUACAGUUUUCCCCUGCAAACAAAUAUUGGUUUAUUUUAUAAUGCUUAACAAAACGUAGUUUAGAGAAUUUUAAAGUCUAGGAUUAAAAAGAAUGAAGUUUGAUUUGAUCAUGUCGAUCAAACUUUUGUAAGCAUCGUUGUUUAGAAAUAUUGUAGUUUAAGGUAUAUAUUAAUUUACUCAUUCAUUAGAAUUACUAUUAGAUAUAUUAGGCUGAAUAUUAUAUGUGCAUCAAUAAUCUCAUCAUAAUCAUCAUCAUCAUUGUACUUGUCGGUUACAAGUUAAAAGUUAUAUAUUUAGAACAGUUCUAAUUUACUUGUCUUUAUAAAAUUAUCAUGUGUCUUUUGCUUAAGUUACUUUAUAACUUGUUUUUCUUCUUUCUUUCAUUCUGUAUUUCUUCCUUCUUUCAUUCUGUAUUUCUUCCUUUUUCUUUAUUUCGCAAGCUGAUAUUUAAUUUUCAGUAGUUUUGAUUUUCUUUUCUUUCAUUCUGAAUUUCUUCCUUUUUUCUUUAUCUUGUUAGCUGAUAUUUAAUGAUCAGUAAUUUUGUUAUCUUGCUUUAUACAAUACUGUUUAGUUUAGUGGGGGGUGGGGGAGAGAAUUCCGUUUUUAUUGAAAUAUUCUUAGAAACCAUUUUAAAUUGAUAUAAUAUGAACAAUGUAUCAAAUUUGGUUACCUCUCCUGCAGGUAAAAGUGCUACAACCAACAGAAUGAGUAUCAAUGUCACCUUUUUUUUCCCACAGCCAUUAAAGGUGUCCUCACUGCUGACUCAUUUGAUAAACCUGCUAGGAGUUGAUUAACAAUUUUAGUUACCCACUAGUUAUUUCAUUUAUAUUUACCAUCGAAUUGCAUUGCCACUAAUACAUAACCCUACCAAAUUCAGGUGGCAUGAAUGCCAUGGACCUAUUGUUGACCACACGAUUCAUGGGAUAUGUCCAGAAAGCUAAUGUUGCCCUGUGCUCCGUCCCAAGAUCACUCACUUCAAACGCUAUCAGUAUCACGCGUCUCUCAGCCGCGGUUUCAUGAAUGUUGAAAAAAACACAUUUCAUUCCUUAAGUCAAUCACCUAUUUAUAACGUUAUAGUUCAUGGCAAUGGUUUUUGGAAACAGGCAUUAUGUGUUCCCAAGUGUAACCACAAAGGUACAUUGUAUUUAGGUAUUGUAUCUGAAUGUUGUGGGAGAAAAAGGUCCUCAAACUUGUGAUGGUUGAUUAUCAUGUUUAUCUAACUCUCUUUAGUUAAUUUCCAAAUUGUUAAAGACACUUGGUAAAUAUUGUGUACAAAAAUGUAUUUAUGCAGUGUUAAAAUUGAAAAACACAUGCACGGUAGUGUAGUGGUAGGAUGCCGGGCUUGUGACCAAAGUGUUGCAUGUUCGAAUCACGGCACGCCACUGUGUUGUAUCUUUGAGCAAGAUACUUUAUUCCGCUUGUUCCAGUCUACUCGGCUGUAAAUGAGUACGCGGUU